UUCGGCUGUUUCCGCCUCGCCCGCUGUCUCCGAAUGUCGGGAGAUGUUUUGGCCAACUGUAAUUCCCCGCUGUCUCGGCACAAGCAGUCCUGCCAUCGCAUACAGCCCGCGCAAGAUCGCAAACUCCGUGCACGGAAAAGCUCCAUCGAUGGUAUGGGCCGGCGACAGAAAACGCAACUGUAGGCACAGGCACUCUUGCCAACGCACAGUCCACGCUCCAUCACAAAAAAAACAGGCAGGAAGAGGCCCUGCUGAACACAAAUCUUCUACCAGAGGCGGAACUGCGGCUCGCCGACUAUCCAACAGGAGACACCACCGUCCACGCAUGUAAUCCUGGCGUGCUGACGGUCCACACUCGAAGAUACCGACGACGAGAAGCGCCUUGAACAACGGGGUGGAAGAACAUGGAAGAGGCGGAGGAGUGCCCGAUGCAUAUCAGAGAUGGUGAGUGAGGGGGACAGGGUGGAGCGGUGCUCCCAACAAAGGCUUCCCCCGUCCUCGGACAUACGCACAAGCAACAAAAAUCUGCCGCCCCCUUCGGGGCCAACAGGUGCGGGCAACAGAAAUCUAUAAAACAAGUGGCGCUGCAGUCGCUGACAAUGAUCAGCGCAACCAACGGUCUACAUCCGAUUUCUGCGACACCAUGGUGCUAUAUCUCGGGGCGCACGCCCCUGCAGCGCUGGCCGCUGAUGAAAGGAGUCUGCCACUCUAUGGGCAACACUGCUCACUGUGCAGCAAGCUCCAGACAUUGCAGCCCGCAUGGUGGACAGCUGUCCCACUAAGCCAGUCGCAGUACGGACGGAAAGGAGAGGAGGAGCAGGAGGAGGACGAGGAGGAGGAGGAGCAGGACCAGUGGAGGGAAGGAAGGUGGAGAGGGCGGAGCGAGGGAGCAUCACGAGAUGUCUCGCCCUCAUGCGUGCGUCGACGCUCGAGACGUAGCACGGCUUCUCCAACCAAACUGCGGGCUUCGCACUGCAAAGCUCGGACACACUCGGCGCUAGAAACGUCUGGUGCGUGCGAUGCGCAGCAGGAGUAGGGUCAAUUACGAGAAAGCUAACUCAGCAAAGAACACUAUGAGCGCGAACCGCAAUCGCGCUUGUUCGAGAUGCUGCACACGUGACUCAAGAUCACGGAGCGCUUGCUCUUUUUGCUGCCUCCCACGCAGACGCAUCGUCUCGAGCACCCUCAACUCGAACCAAACGUCAGAGAACUCUUCAAUAUCGUUGAACUCGGCGUCGGAGUCUUCCGCGAAGUCACCCGAAUGGAGCCGGGUCUGGCAUCCGAUACAAGGCCGACUCCAACACUUCGCGCACACAAAAUAUCUCCGCAAGGAAACCGGACAUGUGACCAAACAUGCCGUCGGCUUGUUGCAAUGAAAGCAUUGUUCCAUCGGCGGAGAUGAUCCUGUCGCACUCGAAGCAGUCGAGGAAGAGGCACACCGAUGCCCGCAGCCAAACCGCCUCGAUCCAGAACGGCGGUGCGGGAGGG